ACAUGAUGGACGAGAGGGUUCCAUUUCGAGGGGGAGAUGGCAUUUACCCGCCGGUAUGAAAAAGAGAGAGAGAGAGAUAGGGCGUACCACCCGGUCCUCGUACGCCUCGUGAUCGUGUGGUGUUAUACUUGGGUUUGGGUUUGGGCCACGAACGAAAGCGCAGGAUGGGAGACCCAUGGAACGUGCCCGAUGAAACGUCUUCGUGCCCAUAACACCUUUCGAUCCGGUCGGAAAGCCUGGGACUCACGCCUAAAAAUGUAUAUAUACGAGAGUAAGGAUCGAGGGUUUCAAAGAAGGAAGAAGGAAGAAGAAGGAUGGGGAAAGGGGAAGGGAGAAGGAGAAACAAAAAAACCCCCCCUUUUUUUGCCCCUGCCCUUCCUUCCGAAGUCCUCGCUGAUCAAAAAGAAAGUUCGCGAUUCUGUCGUUCUCGUCCCCCUGAUGGCGUGUUUCAAAAGAGAAGAAAGAGAAA